GAGUGUCACCCUCUUUUCUCAGUUUCACUCAUAGUCUCACUGGGUCGCAGAGAUAUAGGGCACAGAGAGAGAUCCAAAAUUUGAAGCUUAACAGAAAUGGAGCAGUUCAAAGGUCAAUCUCGGCUACCGAAAUUCGCCGUCCCCAAGCGAUACGAUAUAAGACUCAAACCGGACCUCAUCUCUUGCAAAUUCGCCGGUUCGGUCAACAUCGACCUCGACAUCGUCGCCGAUACUCGCUUCGUCGUUCUCAAUGCCGCCGACCUUUCCAUCCGAUCAGGUUCCGUGUCGUUCAAGAGCAAGGACUCCUCCAAGGUCUUCCAGCCUUCAAAAAUUGAGAUUUUUGAAGAAGAUGAUCUUUUGGUCUUGGAGUUCUCAGAGACACUGCCAAUCGGGCUUGGAGUUUUGGCUAUUGAGUUUGAAGGGAUUUUGAAUGACAAAAUGAAGGGUUUCUAUAGGAGCACUUACGAGCAUAAUGGUGAGAAGAAAAAUAUGGCUGUUACACAGUUUGAACCUGCUGAUGCAAGGAGAUGCUUUCCAUGUUGGGAUGAACCUGCUUGCAAGGCUAUGUUUAAGAUUACAUUGGAUGUGCCAGUUGAACUAGUAGCCCUUUCCAACAUGCCAGUUAUUGAAGAAAAAGUGGAUGGACUUCUCAAGACAGUUUCAUAUCAAGAAUCACCAAUUAUGUCUACAUAUUUGGUGGCCAUUGUUGUUGGUUUAUUUGAUUAUGUGGAAGAUCAUACAUCUGAUGGGGUCAAAGUUCGAGUUUAUUGUCAAGUUGGCAAGGCAAACGAAGGAAAAUUUGCAUUGCAUGUUGCUGUCAAGACCCUCAAAUUAUACGAAGAAUACUUUGCAGUGCCAUAUCCUUUGCCCAAAUUGGAUAUGAUUGCUAUCCCUGAUUUUGCUGCUGGGGCCAUGGAGAAUUAUGGUUUAGUUACAUAUCGUGAAGUAGCUUUGCUCUAUGAUGAUCAGCAUUCUGCAGCUGCAAAUAAGCAAAGGGUUGCGAUUGUUGUAGCCCAUGAGCUUGCACAUCAGUGGUUUGGAAAUCUGGUAACCAUGGAAUGGUGGACUCAUUUAUGGCUGAAUGAGGGAUUUGCAACAUGGGUGAGCUAUUUGGCUACUGAUAACUUAUUCCCUGAGUGGAAGAUAUGGACUCAGUUUCUUGAUGAAUCCACUGAGGGUCUCAGGCUGGAUGGACUUGAAGAAUCCCACCCUAUUGAGGUGGAGGUAAAUCAUGCUCGUGAGAUUGAUGAAAUAUUUGAUUCGAUAAGUUACAGAAAAGGUGCUGCUGUUAUUCGGAUGCUGCAAAGUUAUCUUGGUGCUGAAUGCUUUCAGAGGUCUCUUGCUUCAUAUAUAAAAAGACAUGCAUACUCAAAUGCGAAGACAGAAGAUUUGUGGGCUGCCCUUGAGGAGGGGUCUGGUGAACCUGUGAACAAGUUGAUGAAUUCAUGGACAAAGCAAAAAGGCUAUCCAGUUGUCUCCGUCAAAGUCAAAGAUCAAAAUUUGGAAUUUGAACAGUCGCAAUUCCUGUCAAGUGGUUCCCAUGGGAAUGGGCAAUGGAUUGUCCCAAUAACAGUCUGUUUUGGCUCAUAUGAUGUCCUCAAGAAUUUCUUGUUAGAAACAAAGUCUGAAACUCUUGACAUAAAGGAAUUCCUUGGUAGCUCAGUAGCUAAAGACAAGCUUUCAGGGAGUGGAAGUGGAUGCAUUUGCGAUAGAAACAAUGGAAUAAGCACUUGGAUAAAACUUAAUGUGGAUCAGGCUGGUUUCUAUAGGGUGAAAUAUGAUGAGGUCCUCGCGGCUAGACUUAGAUAUGCUAUAGAGAACAAAUAUUUAUCUGCAACCGACAGAUUUGGUAUCUUGGAUGAUUCAUUUGCCCUUUGUAUGGCUCGCCAGCAGUCUUUAGCCUCUUUGCUUACCUUGAUGGGUGCUUACAGGGAGGAACUUGAAUAUACCGUGCUGUCUCAUUUGAUUACGAUAAGCUAUAAAAUAGCAAGAAUUGCUGCUGAUGCUGUACCUGAGCUGCUGGAUUUCAUUAAACAAUUUUUUAUUAGCCUUUUCCAGAAUUCUGUAGAGAGGCUUGGUUGGCAACCUAAAGCAGGUGAGAGCCAUUUAGAUGCGAUGUUGAGGGGAGAAGUUUUGACUGCACUUGCUGUAUUCGGACAUGAUCUGACACUAGUUGAAGCGAUAAGGCGUUUUCAUGCAUUCUUAGAAGACAGAAAUACGCCACUUCUUCCUCCUGAUAUAAGAAAGGCAGCUUAUGUGGCUGUAAUGCAGAAAGUAAGUGUGUCGAACAGAUGGGGCUAUGAUUCUCUUCUGAGAGUUUAUAGAGAAAGUGAUCUGAGCCAGGAGAAAACACGCAUUCUAAGUUCUUUAGCAACUUGUCCAGAUCCCAAUAUUAUAUUGGAACUUCACAACUUUUUGUUGACUUCUGAGGUUCGUAGUCAAGAUGCUUAUUUGGGACUUGCUGUUAGCAUGGAAGGGCGUGAAACUGCUUGGACAUGGCUGAAGGAUAACUGGGAGCACAUCUCAAAUACCUGGGGUUCUGGACCUCUAAUAACUCGAUUUGUUAGUGCAGUGGUCUCACCGUUUGCUUCAUUUGAGAAGGCAAAAGAAGUUGAAGAGUUCUUUGCAAGCCGGAGUAAGCCCUCAAUCGCUAGAACAUUGAAGCAGAGCAUCGAGAGGGUUUGCAUCAAUGCAAAGUGGGUUGAGAGCGUUCGGGGUGAGAAAGAUCUUGCUGAAGCUGUGAAGGAGUUGGCACAUAGAAAAUGCUAGUCGCAUUCUUGUUUUGCUUUUAAUAUAUCGAAGAAGAAAUCCUGAGAGGGAAUUUCACCACCUAUGUGACUAAAAAAUAAAAUACAAAUAAUUUAAAUUAAAGAUAAUCUCCUUUGGUGAUAAUAUAUAUUUCGUGCUAUGAUGUAUCCUUUUCUAAAUUCCGGUUUGAUGAUGUUUGUGUAAUUGUUUUGUUAGUGAACGAGUACCAAGUAUUUCCCUUCUCCA